AUGUCUUAUCCCGACCUCACCCCGGCACUCACCCCCCAGAAGCCGCUCCCUGGGGCCUAUUUCCAGACGCCUGCGCCCACCGCGGUUGCUGCGACGCGGCCUGCGUUCUCCCCCAAGGCGGCCCCGGCGCCCGCUGAGCAGCCAUCUUCGCCGAUUGCGCUGCCCAGACUCCCUCCAGUCACAUUCAAACCCAAGCCCUUGAGCACAGAGGAGCGUGCCGCGGUAACGGUCAAUGACACCCUCGCCCAGGAGGCGCGCUAUCCGGACCUGGAUAGCUAUUUGUCCCAAGGCUUCUCUUCCGACUACGACCUCCCCGCGUCGCCAUCAUGGGCUCCCUUCCAGAAAGUGAAGAUGUACAACAUCCCCGACCAGAUCUUCGAUCAGUACAACCGAGCGCAGAUCUCGACCAGCAUGGGCCUUUUCGCCGAGUUGAACCACGCCUGGGUUGCGAUUGACAAUGCGCUGUACAUCUGGGAUUAUACGCAUCCAAACCCCCAGCUGGUCGGGUUCGAAGACCAGCCAAACAGCAUCAACACGGUCAAGCUCGCGAAACCGCGCCCCGGCGUGUUCCUGCCUACAAUCACCCACAUGCUCGUGAUAUCGACGACGGCCGAUGUGAUUCUGCUGGGAAUGGGCUGUGAGACAACGGCUGCAGGUACGCGCCAAGUAUCGUUGUAUCAGACGGGCAUGUCGACUUCUGUUCGGGGCCUGGACAUCCAUGUGAUCGCAUCGUCGGAUUCGACCGGUCGUGUGUUCUUCGGCGGCACUUCCGACAACGAUGUGCAUGAGCUGGUCUAUCAGCAGGAGGAAAAGUGGUUCCAGGGCCGCUGCUCAAGAGCCAACCACACGAGCUCGCGUCUGUCGGCAUUUACGCCCAACUUGAGCUUUUCGCAGAAGACGUUGGAGAAUGUGGAGCAGAUGGAGAUUGAUGACACAAGGAAACUACUCUACACACUGUCCUCGUCGUCCACGAUCCGUGUUUUCCACAUGAAGCCCGACGGCAGUCUUGCUCUGGCCAUUACGAAGCCGGCGCUCGAUAUCUAUGCCAACAUCGGGCACAUCAUCGCAUCCAACGAAACGCUCAACCCCAAAGUCCCAAUUGUUUCUAUUAGUCCCAUCCCGGCCGCCGAAGCGUCGAGGUACCAUCUCAUGGCCACGACUGCCUCCGGAUACCGGAUCUACCUCAGUGCCACGGGUUCCUUCAGCUGGUCCUCGGCACCGAAUGGUACCACUGCCCCGACAAGUAUGCAGGCUCACCAUGUCAAGACGCCUCCGUGCGAAGGCGCCCCCGCGCCCCAGUUCCCCAUGACCCUCCAAGGCCAACCACGCUUCCAGCCAUCCGUUGCGUCCCGCGUCCCGAUACACACCCUACAGCCUACGCGGUUCACUGUGCGAUACCCGCCGGGCUACUUCCUCUGCUUCACGUGUAAAGACACCACGCACAAGGCCGAUUCACUCUUCAUCUCCGCUCCUGAUUCCGGACGCGUGGCUCGCUCGCAAGAAAGCGUCAUUCCUGGCAAGGCUGGCGAAACAGCGGUUUGGCUUUCUUUGGGCAGCCGGGCAGAGGAUGUCGGUCUUUGUUCGCCGACCACCGCCGCCACGACCACCCCAGGAGGAUUUGGGAAUGAACUCGCCGUUCAGUUCGACAACGCCACGGCCGAAAUUGCCAUUCUGACCAACACCGGAAUUCACAUUAUCCGCCGGAGACGCCUUGUUGAUGUCUUUGCGGCGCUGGUGCGCAGUGGCGGGACGGGCGACGAGGGGCUGGAGGGCGAAGUCAAGAACUUCAUCCGCACGUAUGGCCGGAGUGAAACGCUCGCUACCGCCCUUGCAGUCGCCUGCGGUCAGGGAGUCGAGAUUUCUUCGGACUCGCGACUCACGCAAAUCAACGACCCCGACGUUCUGGAGUUCGCGCGCAAGACGUUCAUCGAGUACGGCGGUCGACCCACCACGAACGAGAAUGCCGUCGCUGAUAACUCGACGCUUGCGAUUGAUGCGGUGGUUCCUUCUCCACGACAUGCCGGUAUUGCGCUCUACAUCUCCCGGCUCUUGCGGUCAAUCUGGAGGAAGGAGAUUGCACAGGUUGGCACCGCCCCGAACGGCGCUCAGACGGUGGCAUGCUCGGUUCCUACUGCGAAGCUGCAGGCCGUGCAAAGAGACCUCUCGGCGUUGCAAGAGUUUUUCAAGUCGAACAAGAGCUUCAUCGAAGGACUGAGCGGUCCCGAGGCCCUGACGCGGGUGUCCACCAAGCAGGAGGAAACCGCUCUCCAAGCGGAGCAUCGCGCACUGCACUCCCUGGUCCAGCUUGUAUCGCACACGAUUGAGGGCAUUUCCUUUGUCCUGGUUCUCUUCGAUGAGCGGGUGGAUGAGAUCGUCGCGUCAUUGCCAGCCGACUCCAAGGAUCGCUUCCUGAAGCUCACGUUUGAGGAGCUGUUCAGUCACAACAAGGGCCACGACAUUGCCAAGGAGCUGGUCAAGGGCAUCGUGAACCGCAACAUCGCCAAGGGAUCGAAUGUGGAGACGGUGGCUGAUGCUUUGAGACGCCGUUGCGGCAGCUUCUGCAGCGCGGAAGAUGUGGUGAUCUUCAAGGCCCAGGAACUGCUCAAGAGGGCUACCGAAGCUGGCUACAACUCGGAACUCGGUCGCAAUCUGCUCAACGAGAGUCUGCAUCUGUUCCAGCAGGUUUCGGAUAAUCUGCCCAUGGAUUACCUGGUCACUGCGAUCGAGAGCUACAUUUUCAACCAAUUCUUCGCAGGCGCCAUCCAGCUGGCUCUGAAUGUCGCUGCCCGCUCUGACAAGGCUAACAUGGCUUUGUCGUGGAUUGUGGAUGGCCGACCGGAAGAUGAUGCCCGUCGCGACUUCUUCGUGUAUCGCGAGCAGUGCUAUAGCCUUAUUUUCAAGGUCAUCAUCGCAGUUGAUACCCUGGCUGCUCAGGACCCCGGUGUGGUUGACGGACAAUUAACGAUCAUUGCGAAGCGCAAGAACGAAGCCUAUGGUGUUGUGUCUGACUCGACGGACGAGGUGUUCCUGACGAGUCUGUAUGACUGGUACCUGGAGCAAGGAUGGAGCGACCGUCUGCUGCAGACCAACUCGACGUUUGUGGUCACGUAUCUCGAGCGCAAGUCCGCCGACGACAUCUUCCAUGCGGACCUGCUGUGGAAAUACUACGCCCAGUCGGAACGAUUCUACGAUGCAGCCAAAGUACAGCUGAACCUUGCACAGAGCGCCUUCACACUGCCCCUUAGCCGUCGCAUUGAGUAUCUGGGUCGAGCCCGCGCCAACGCCUCCGCAUUCACGUCCGACAUCAGCCGCCAGUUCCGCCAGCGCCUGGUGCAGGAAGCCUCCAACCUUAUCGACAUCGCCAAUAUCCAGGACGAUCUCCUGCAACGUCUCAAGGACGACAGGCGCAUCGCGCCCGACCGCCGGGCGGAAGUCCUCGCGGAUGUGGAUGGACCCCUGAAGGACAUCAGCACCCUCUUCAACCAAUACGCCGACCCAGCCAGCUACUACGACAUCUGCCUGCAGAUCUUCUUCCUGGCGGACCACCGCAACCCCGCAGACGUCAAAUCCACCUGGCAACACCUCCUGCAGGACCUGCACGACGAGAUCCUCGAACGCGGCGAGCCCAUGCCCUACGAAGCCGUGAUCGACAAAGUCCGCAGCCUGGGCAGCCGUCUGCGCAUGUCCGAGUCCAUCUUCCCCAUCCCCAUCCUCCUCCCCAUGCUCGAGCGCUACGCCCUCGAACACCAGCGCGGCGUCGGCCCCGCCACCUGGGUCGUCGACCUGUUCCUCGACCUCGGCGUCGCCCACGAAUCCCUCUACGCCGUCCUCGAAUCCAUGUUCUACACCGACGAAGCCCCCUUCCAGGGCCCCAACAAGAAAGUCAUCGCCCGGGACCUCCUCUACCUCAUCGAGCACUGGUUCCAUGCUACGGUGCGGCUCGGUGGCAUCGUCUUUGGCAGUGAUCUCGUCGCGGAGCGGAUUAAUGAGACACUUCUCCUGCUGCAGCAGGGCGGGAUCGCCCAGGAUCAGAUCCAGGUCGCCCAGCAGUUGAGGUCGAGGAUUGAGGAUGUUUUGCGGUGAUAGACUCUUUGUUUAGUUUCCUUGUCUUGUCUUAUCUUGCCUUGCUUCGUCUUGCCUCCCCGGCUGGUUUUUUUUCUGUUCGUUUGGGGUUCUUAGCACGUCCUUUAAACUACCUGUCUAUCUAUCUAUCUAUCUUAUCUAUCUACCUACACUAGUUUAGUUUAGUGCAGUCAGCUUAGUUCUGGGUCCAUGGCGUUUCAUUGAUUGAUUGAUUGCAUGUCAUGUCAUGUCAUGUUGUUGAUUGCAUGCAUCAGAUGAGACACGAGUCGAGUCGUCUGCAGUACGUGUGUCUGUUCUGUUCGUUGAGAGGAGCUGAUUCAAAAC